AUGGAACAAGACUUUGAAUACAAUAGCUCAUCAGAGGCGAUUAGCAUUUUGAAUGAAGAUGAUCAAGAGGGAGAAUGUUCUCCACUCACGGAUCAUAUUACAGAACACUUGUUGGCUCUUUCGUCUGCGGAUAUAAGUGAUGAUGAAGAACAUGAGGAAGAAAUGAGCCGAAACAUGGACGAAAGUUGUUAUUCAUUGUAUUCCAAUUCACCAAACAAGAGAAUUGAAGACAUUUUGAAUACAGGAAUUAAAUCUCCAUACAACAAUCGACCAAGAAGUGAAUUUUCAUCAGAAAAUAUAUCAGAAUACAAUGAUGAUGAAUUGGACGAAACUAUGCUCACGCCACAAGUCAGAAGAAGUCAACCUCCUCAACCGAUUAGUUAUGAAGCUGAUGAUACUUCAUCAAUUGAAUCAUUGAGUAGUUUGAGUAGUUAUAAUAGCGAAGAUUAUUCAUGUAGUAGAAUGCUGAAUAAUCCAAUUCUUAAUCACCCUUAUCAUUCUCAAUAUCCUCAAGUGAGUGCUCCUUCCCUUUCCCUUCAAUUAGGAAUCAAUCAAUUUGUCACUAAUCAAUUACAAAAGAAAAACAUAGUUCAAUAUCUUCAAGAUUCAGAACAAGAAAAGGAAACAAUCAAAUCCAAUGUUGAAAAUCUCAAGAAGGAGUUGGAAAGAAAGGAUGCAGAUGAAUCGAAUACCACUCCAACUAAAUCUCGAGUUAUUACACCAGCCCAGACAUCUGUCAAACGUCCUACCAGUGCUUCCAAGUCAACCAAUUCGUAUAACAAUUACAACUCAACCUUAGUCAAUACUCAAACUAAUUCAUCCUAUAGUUCACAACAUCAAAGUUUGAGAAAUUCUGGCAGUUUCGGCUCAGCUGUCAUUAAACCAAUUUCUCCAAAACACAUGACGAAUCAUUCAGCUUCGAAUACAAGAAUGAAAGAUUAUCCAGUAGACGAAACUGAGAUUACAGUCACUACCAUCAUUCCAAAGAAUUCACAAUCGUCAACUCGUCCAGGAAGUGCUGGAAGAUCAGGUAUUCCAACAAUGAUUUCGUCUUCCAAUCAGAAACGACCUCCUUCUCGACCAAACAAUUCGAAUAAUUCUAAUAGAAAGUCAACUCCAACAAGUACAAGAACUCAACUUUCGUCUACGAUUGGAUCGACUAGACCACAAACAGUUUUGAAGAAUUUGACACCUGCCAGAGGACUUUUUAUGUAAAUAAAUUUUUUCACAAUAGUUUACAAUAGUUUAAUUUAUUGGAAAUCAAUCAAUAAAUAGAAAUCCAAAAAAGUAGGAAAAUUGU